AUGAAUUAAUCUCUUUACUCUUUUAACUUGAAAGCACUAUUACCUUUAGAAAAUUACUUAUUAAUACUUAAUGAGAAAACUAGGCUGAACAAAUAUAUUCACAGCUAGAAUACUAUUUAGAUUAAGCAGUUAGACUCAGAAUAAACUACUAGAAGAAAAAGCUGUCAUUGUGGUUAAUGUGGAUAACAAAGUUAAUUAUAAUUCAAAACAAUGAAUAUUCCAUUAAAGAAAAGAGAAAUAUUAAAAGAAUAGGAAUAUUUUACACCUGAAUUAAUAGUUACAAACUCUGAUUGUAUUUAAAGAUUAUAAAUAUUCUUAGCUAAAAUGAAUACCUAUUAUAAGAAAUCUUCAUUUAAGAAUUUGUAAAUCUUAAUACCUAAAGAUAAUAAUACCAUUAAUACUCAGUUAUCUUUAAAUAUUCAUGGAUUUAAAAGAGCUUAUAAUAAAUAAAAUACAUUAUUGAAAAUGAUAACAGAUGGUUAAGAAAGAUCAAAAAGAAAAGAUAGUAUUGGAUUAUAUUCAUAAUCUGAUUUAUAAUCUAUUAAUUCUUAGAAUUAUUUAAAUAUUGCUACAUAAUCAUCCUUAUAGAAUCAAAAGAAUUCAAUAUAACUUAAAAGUCCUGUAAGUACGUUUUCCCCCAAAAGAAAGUAUCAGAAUAAACAUACCAAAUUAUUAAGUACUAAUAUAAGGAAUUAAAAUCCUUAUAUAAUAAACUUGAAUAGAUAAUUUUUAAUAAGGCCAUUAAAGUUAUAAACUUCACUUUCUUCUCUUUAAAAUUAGUUGCCAAAAUUAAAUAAAAAAGCAUAAUGA